UCUGGCCUCUUUGUCGCGAGAUAAAUUUCCUAUUUUUCUCUCGCUGCGUAGCCCUAAACCUAGGUUUCCAAAUCGUCCUCGAUUUCCGUCGCCGGCGUCUGUUCGAUUUGUCGAUCUCUCGAUCGACGGGGAAAGGAAAGGGGAGGAGGAGGAGGAAGAGACCUCUGUAAGCGUCAUGUCGCGUUGCUUCCCGUACCCACUGCCUUACUUUGGACAGGCGGAGAACCAAUCCAUUAAGCUUCUAAAGGAAGAAAGGGCAAAGAAGCAUACAAAAAAGGUGAAGAAGGAAAGGCAUGCGAAAGAUAAGGCUGGAAACUCAAAUCAUGAAGAAAAGCAGCAUAAAAAGAGGAAGCAUAAGGAUAAAUCAGAAGAUGAUAAAAGAAGCCACAAAAAGAGGAAGUCUGAAAUUGAGCAACGCCCAUUGGUUCGAGACCUUUGCAACCAAAAGACGAGUGAAGCAAUUGAGCAUCUGGAGAAAAGUGGCCUCACAGAAGAACUUGAGCCUUCAUGUUCUAUCCAGCAUAAGCUUGAUUCUCCUGAGAGUUCUCUGGACAGCAGUAAGAGAAGGAAACUGGUGCCGUCUUCUUCUAGCCAUGAUCUUCAAGGUACUACUCUUUGCAUCAAAUUGCCAAUCUUAAGGCAAAGAGUUGCAGAGCCAUCACCCUUACCUUUGUCAAGGCAAACAGAGCUGCAGCCACCAUUGCCACUGUCUGGGCAAGUAAAACUAGCCUUGCCGUCGUCAAGGCAAAUAAAGCCUCAGCCACUUUCAUCAUCAUCAUCCGGGAAAGUAAGAUUACCAUUAUUGGCUUCGUCAAAGCAAAUUAAGCCACAACCAUCUUUGCCACAGUCAAGGCUUGGGGGACUAACAGUGCCAUCGCAAAAGCAAAUUAAUCUGGAAACACUAGUGCCAUCAUCGGAGCAAGCACAGCCAGCAGUACCAUCAUCAAGGCAAACAAGACCACCUUUGCCACAGUCGCAACUUGAGGAGCUAACAAUGCCAUUGCAAAAACAAAUUAAUCUGCAAACACCAUUGCCAUCAUCAAAUCAAGUACAGCCAGCAUUACCAUCAUCAAGGCAAACACGGGAACUGCCGCCAUUGCCACCACAGCUGGGGAGAUUGAAGCGAGCAGUUCCUUCCUCAAAGCAAACUAAGCUGCAACUAUCAUUGCCACCGUCGGGGCAGGUUGUGCCAUCAUUGCCUUUGAUGAAGCAUACAGAGCUGCAGGAGCAGCUACCUUUGCCAUCGUUGUCAACUCAGAUACGUCCACAGCCAAAAAAUGUACACCCAGCAAAGCAGAAACUUGAUCAGAUGCCUACUGCUGUUGCAGAACAGCCAUGUUCCUCGAGCAGGCCUCCAGAAGCAGCUCUCCCUGGAGCAGCAGCAGCUACAACUAAAACUUCCCGACCAAAUAGGGUUGGCGGCAGAACAUGGCAAAAAGAACAGUACAAAACUUUGGUAGUAAACUGGAAUCCACCACACCCAAUGCAACUUGACCCAUCAGUGGUGGUCAGUGAGGAUGAUGAUUGGCUAAAUGUGGCUCCGAAGCAACAAUUGAAUCCUCUGAAGAAAGACAGCACCACUACCGACUCAGCAGGACUUAUUUGUGAAAAUCAUGAGGUUCCUUUGGUGCAACCUCGAGCUCGUUGCAUGCCUGGGUUGAACUUGUAUCUGCUGCCAUACGCUGUCCCAUUUUAGAUUCAUGGGGCACCAAAGUGGCAACACAACAGGAUCUAUUUGUGAAAAUCACGAGAUUCCUUCAGUGCAACCUCAGAGCUUGUUAUGUGCCUGAGUUGAACAAGUGUAGAAAGUGGUAACAUGACAGGACCUAUUUGUGAAUCAUGAAGUUCCUUCAGUGCAACCUCGAGCUUGUUACAUCUGCUACCAUACGCAGUCCCAUUUUAGAUCCAAGGGGCGUGAAAGUGGAAAAAUGAGACGUGAAGUGGAAUGAUGGUCAACUUUUGCCUGCAUUCAUUCUUAAAGGGCGUAAAUGGUCUCCAUUCUGUAUUACUUGAUUGAAGUUUAUUCUUGUUUCUACUCCUAUACUGAGUCUGCUACUACAAGAAUUUUUAGACUUGCUGAGUCUGUUACGUUUCUACAACAAAAAAACUAAAUAAAUAAAUAAAAUAUUUUUAGUUGGAAGCAUGUAUGUUGUGAUAGAUACAGCCGGAACAGGCAUGCCCUUUUGGAUGUGAAGGUGCAUUAUUAGGUCCACAGCGAUGCUAUUUUCACCCUUUAGUUUUAAUUAAUGUAUUCCUCUGAAUUUUCACACAA